AUGAAGGGAGGACAACCAGAACCAGCACUUCAGUUCACUAAACAACUGUACAUUGAAGAUGUUGGUCCUCGCAAAAUAGAAAGUAUACAGUUCUCUACAUUCGGAGAAUCAGAUAUACUGAAAGCUGCUGAAGUAGAAGUAUUUAAAGGCGGUUACUAUGAGAGCAAAGAGAAGCCAUGGGCCAAUGGCUUGUUGGACAAUCACAUGGGCCCACAAAACAAGACCGGUACUUGUCUUACCUGCGGUGGGGGUUUUCAAGAUUGUCCGGGGCACUAUGGAUAUUUGGUUCUCGCUUUGCCAGUUUACAAUGUGGGUUAUUUGAGCACUGUUCUCGACAUCUUGAAGUGCAUUUGUAAGCAAUGUUCGCGUGUGCUUCUUGGUGAGGAACUGCGAAUUAACUUUUUAAAGAGAAUGAGAAAUCCUAAAAUGGAGCCUCUGCGAAAGAGUGAGCUGCAAAAGAUGAUUGUAAAAAAGUGUACUGCCCUGGCAAGUAGUAGAAAGGCAGCUAAAUGUGCUAAAUGUGGAUAUGUAAAUGGUAUGGUGAAAAGAAAUACAAAAAUGCCGGGAAUUGUCCAUGAACGGUUAAAAGUCAAUGCUAGCUUAAAGGAUGAAUGUAGUUUAGCUGUUCCCAACAAAUCUAACUUUAGCAUUCCUGAUGAAAUGGACCCUAAAUUAGUUCAUUCCCUUCUGAAGAAUAUGUUAGAUGAGGAUUGUGAGUUGCUUUACCUUAAUGAUAGACCUGAAAAACUCAUGGUGACCAGUAUACUUGUGCCUCCAACAGCCAUACGUCCUUCUGUUUUUGUCGAUGGUGGAACACAGAGUAACGAGAAUGACAUUUCAGAGAGACUUAAACGCAUCAUCCAAGCUAAUGCUUCUCUUGUUCAAGAAAUAUCAGAUAAAGAUUUUCCCUCUAAGGGCUUGGAAAGUUGGAUUUUAUUGCAAGUGGAGGUAGCACAAUAUAUCAAUAGUGAGGUACGUGUAAGUCUCCCGAUUGAACAACCUACCAAACCGUUGAGUGGUUUUGUCCAACGGCUCAAAGGGAAGCAGGGAAGAUUUCGUGGAAAUCUUUCUGGAAAACGUGUUGAGUUUACAGGACGAACUGUCAUAUCUCCGGAUCCGAAUUUGAAAAUUACAGAGGUUGCAAUUCCUAUACUGAUGGCUCGGAUUUUAACUUUUCCCGAGCGGGUUUCACGUCAUAAUAUAGAGAAGUUGAGGAAAUGUGUUCGAAACGGCCCAAAUAAGUACCCUGGGGCAAAAUUAAUCAAGAAGCCUGAUGGUACAGAGAUAUCACUGAUGUUUUCUCGUAAAAAUGUUGAAGCUGAUGACUUGAAAUGUGGUUACAUAGUGCAUCGUCACUUAGAAGAUGGAGAUGUUGUUUUGUUUAACAGACAACCAAGUCUGCAUAGAAUGUCCAUAAUGUGCCAUCAGGCAAGGAUAAUGCCUUGGCGUACACUGAGGUUCAAUGAGUCAGUUUGCAAUCCAUACAAUGCCGAUUUUGAUGGUGAUGAAAUGAAUAUGCACGUGCCUCAGACAGUGGAGGCUCGAACAGAGGCUUUAUUGUUGAUGGGUGUGCAAAAUAACUUGUGCACUCCAAAAAAUGGAGAGAUUUUGGUUGCAUCGACACAGGACUUUUUGACUUCUUCAUUUCUUAUUACGAGGAAGGACACAUUUUAUGAUCGAGCUACUUUUUCUCUCAUUUGUUCAUACAUGGGGGAUGGGAUGGAUCAAGUUGAUUUGCCCACGCCAGCGUUGGUUAAGCCAGUUGAGCUUUGGACUGGGAAGCAGCUGUUCUCUAUUUUAUUGCGUCCAUAUGAUAGAAUGAGAGUUUACUUAAAUCUUACUGUAACUGAAAAGAGUUACAUCAAGCCCAAAGAAACUAUGUGCCCGAAUGAUGGGUACGUAUGCUUCCGUAAUAGUGAGCUCAUUAGUGGACAAUUGGGGAAAGCUACAUUAGGAAAUGGAAACAAAGAUGGUCUGUAUUCAGUUCUUUUGAGAGAUUAUAGUCCCCAUGGUGCAUCAGUAUGUAUGAAUCGCUUAGCAAAGUUGAGUGCUAGAUGGAUAGGGAACCAUGGAUUUUCUAUCGGAAUUGAUGAUGUCCAACCACCUGCUCCUUUGAUUCUUGCCAAGGAUGAGAAGAUACGUAUAGGAUACAAAGACUGUGAUGAUUUAAUACAACAGUUCAACAAGGGACACCUUGAGUUGCAACCUGGCCAUGAUGCUGCUCUUACACUUGAAGCUAAAAUAACUGGUGUACUGAAUGAUAUUCGAGAACAUGCUGCGAAGGAAUGUAUGAAAGGCCUUCAGUGGAGGAAUAGUCCUCUGAUAAUGUCUCAAUGUGGUUCGAAGGGAUCUCCUAUAAACAUCAGUCAGAUGGUUGCAUGUGUUGGCCAGCAAUCUGUUGGUGGUCGCCGGGCUCCAAAUGGUUUCAUUGAUCGCAGCCUUCCUCAUUUUCCAAGAAAAUCAAAGAUCCCUCAGGCUAAAGGAUUCGUGGCUAAUUCAUUUUAUAGUGGUCUAACUGCUACAGAAUUCUUUUUCCACACAAUGGGAGGAAGAGAAGGCCUGGUUGAUACUGCGGUUAAAACUGCUGAUACUGGAUACAUGUCUCGGAGACUUAUGAAAGCUUUAGAGGACCUAUCAAUUCAUUAUGACAACACUGUGAGAAAUGCCAGUUCUUGUAUAGUUCAAUUUGUUUAUGGUGACGAUGGCAUGGAUCCUGCUCAAAUGGAGGAGAAAACUGGGCAGCCUCUAAACUUUGAUAGAUUACUCAUGAAUGUGAAGGCAACCUGUAAUGCGGGUGAUAUGAAGAGCUUGUCUCCUUCAGAGAUCUGCAAAAUGACCGACGAAAGGCUCUCUGAACAUGACAUGACUCCUGAAGGGGGGUGCUCGGUGGCUUUUAGAGAUUCAUUAGCAAAAUUUCUCAAGGACAAAUGUGUCACAUGUUUAAAGAACACAAUUGAAGAUUUGAAAUCAGAUGCAGAUCAGAAUGGAGGCAACAAUCAGGAUCAUCUUCAAAACAUAUCCUUGAACAUAUCUGGCAUUACUGCUCAGCAGCUGGAGGUCUUUUUGAGAGUCUGCAUCUCAAGGUAUCAUAACAAAAGAAUAGAAGCUGGAACUGCAAUUGGGGCAAUUGGAGCUCAGAGUAUUGGAGAACCAGGCACACAGAUGACAUUAAAAACUUUUCACUUUGCAGGAGUUGCAAGCAUGAAUGUUACACUUGGAGUGCCUCGUAUAAAAGAGAUUAUAAAUGCUGCCAAUAAAAUAAGUACACCAAUUAUAUCUGCAAAGCUUAAAGAUGAAUAUAGUGCAAAGGAUGCAAGCAUGGCAAAAGCUCGUAUUGAGAAAACACUUCUUGGACAGGUUGCGAAAAGCAUAAAAAUUGUCAUGUCCGGAAGGCAAGCAUCUAUAGUUAUUUCUCUUGACAUGGAGAUUAUACGAGCAUCACGACUUUCUAUAGAUGCUUAUAAAGUGAAAGAAUCAAUUCUGCGGACUCCAAGAAUAAAACUCAAGGAACAGCACGUUAGGGUAAGGAGCCCCAGAAAGCUGGAAGUAGUUCCUCAGGCUGACAAAAGUAAACUUCAUUUUGAGCUUCAUGCUUUCAAAAAUAAGCUUCCUGCGGUAGUUGUGUCGGGUAUUAACACUGUGGAGCGUGUUGUCAUAAAAAAAGAUGAAAAGAAAGAGGGAUUGAAGGAAGUUUCCAAGUACCAUUUGUUUGCAGAAGGCACUGGUCUUCUGGAAGUCAUGGGCACUGAAGGAGUUAACGGGUGUGAAACUCGAAGCAAUCAUGUCAUGGAAGUCAAGAGAGUACUUGGAAUUGAAGCUGCAAGAACUUCCAUUAUCGAUGAGAUUAGGCAUACAAUGUCGAGUCAUGGAAUGACAAUAGACAUACGUCACAUGAUGCUUCUGGCUGAUUUAAUGACAUUUAAGGGUGAAGUUCUUGGUAUUACAAGAUUCGGUGUGCAGAAAAUGAAAGACAGUGUUUUGACACUAGCUUCUUUUGAGAAAACAUCCGAUCACCUUUUCAAUGCUUCUGUGAGUGGGAGGGUUGAUAAAAUUGAAGGAGUAAGUGAAUGCAUCAUUAUGGGUAUACCAAUGCUGGCAGGUACAGGGAUGAUUAAAAUCCGUCAACGAGUGGAGGAAGUGAAGCUGAAUUAUGGAUUGGACCCAAUUUUGACCUGA